AAUGUAUUUGAGUGAUUCACUGUUUGAAACCGGAUGAGCUCAAUCUCAGGAGAAGAACGUGAUUGUCCUCACAUUUUCAAAACGGAGGGACAAUGAAGUCUUGAGAGGGUUUAUAGUCGGAGGGUCAGACCUUUUUUCCACGGCCCAUCCAGAUGCUGGCUCUGUCCAGGUGUUCUCCAGCUUUCAGGUGGAGACCAUGUCUGCGCUGCUCUGCCCUCUCUGUGGGGAGCACUGCCAUGAGCAGCCGGCCCUCCACCGCAGCCGGGUCCUUGUUCCUAAGAACCCCGACUGCUGCGUUUCAUCAAAGCAAAGCCAAAGCCAGUCCUGACCCAAACAAGCCCGCUCAAGUGCUGUCCUCCGGGUCCGGGCUGGAGUGGGAGCUGUUUGGGAUGGGAAUGUGGUCAUUGGGUCUGGGUGCUGUUGGAGCUGCAUUAGCCGGGAUCUUUCUGGCCAACACCGAUCUGUGUCUGUCUAAAGCAUCUAACGCAACGCUGGAGUACCUUGAAGGGGCUGACCUGCGCUCCACCGUAGUGGAUGGCGAGGUCAUCAAAGCAAAGAGCCUGUGGGACAAGAACGGGGCUGUGGUCAUGGCCGUACGGCGGCCCGGAUGAUUUUUGUGCAGAGAGGAGGCCUCUGAGCUGUCCUCUCUGAAGCCCCUGCUGGAAGAGCUCGGGGUCCCUCUGGUCGCUGUGGUGAAGGAGAACGUCGGCACAGAGAUCCAGGACUUCAGACCGCACUUCGCUGGGGACAUUUACAUCGAUGAAGAGAAACGCUUUUACGGCCCGCUGCAGAGGAGGAUGGGGGGUCUGGGUUUCAUUCGCCUCGGAGUGUGGCAGAACUUCAUGCGGGCCUGGAGGUCGGGUUACCAGGGCAACAUGAACGGCGAAGGGUUCAUCUUGGGGGGAGUUUUUGUCAUUGGAGCAGGAGAGCAGGGGAUUCUCCUGGAACACCGAGAGAAGGAGUUCGGCAACAAGGUGGACAAUGCAGACGUGUCCGAGGCUGUUAAGAAAAUAGUGGCAGUGAAAUAAGUUUAACUUCAUUUAAGCAGAUGGCAUUAGAAUAAAGAGAAGGGUUGCUGUAUGUAGAGAAAUCAAGUAUUAACAAAUAUGUUUUAACUUUACAGAAUUGUCAAAGUUCUUCCAUCACUGACAUGAUAUUUAAGCGUACUUUCACAUGAUUGUCUUUUACACAUUAAUUUAACGUUGGUUACUAAAGUCAAGCUGUGAAUUGAAGAACAGAGGGGUUCCUCAGGGUUUGUCCUCGUGACCUCUGCAGACACCAUAGAGCUAGUGUCUCUGAGAUGGGUAUUAUAAUCAGAUAGCCAGGGGCUUCAAAGAAGCAUUUUCAUUCAGGUACAUCAACUAUUAAAGGGGUCAUAUUAUUAGGCACAUCUAUGUGCAGAAAUUCAAAGUCCGCGGAAACGCAG